CCGAGCUCCCCACUAGCCAAGAUCUCAACCCCGACUGGGACGACCUCAACGAAAGACAGAAGAUGAACCAUCUCCUUCCAAAUACUUGGAUGGAGCCCUGGGAGAGCAAAGAUACCUACCUAGAGACUCACUAUCGCCUCCAGAGGGAGGAGGCAAUCACCAUGCUGCGAUACGGUAUCAAGAAGUUCAAGGAGAGUCCUAACAUGAUGGAUGAUGACGAGGCAUGCAUCUACACGAAGGUUUUCGUCAAGGGCUAUCUAAUGACCCGACUAGGUCCAAUGUGCCGAGUUCAGUUUUCGACUGGGAGAUCUGGAAAGAAGAUCCGCUGGAUACAAACUCGCCGCCUUACUGUCGGCACUCUGGUCGCGCUCUCCACCGCUCAAGAUUGCUUCCAGACCAUCUGCAUGCCAGCAAUAAUCUCGGAUCAUCGUGUUGAAGGCGGCCUCGACCAAAACCCCCCAGUGAUACACUUGCAGUGGACGAAUCUAGACGAUGCUGUUAUGGAUCCAAAUCAGGAACUCGUCAUGGUAGAAGAUCGUUUUGGCUAUUUUGAGGCCGUCCGUCAUAGCAUGGUCGGCCUCCAGCAUGUUGCUGAGACCCAUACACCCCUCGACAAGUACCUAGUCCAGGCACACAAGGUCGACCUCCCAGCAAAAUAUGUCGAAGAAAAUCCCACAAUGAACGUAAGUUCUUUGGUUGACCAUUCUUCCUCUACCGACGAGAGAGUGCCACGGGAGGAAUUGGCCGAAGUUAUCGAAUCUUUGAAGCGAUACUCGGUUCUCGAUGGCUUCGACAACGAGCUCUCUAAAUACACCAGCCUAGACAAAUCUCAGCUUGACGCUGUGUACCGUAUUCUCACCAGGGAGCUAGCCAUCGUCCAGGGUCCCCCAGGGACGGGCAAGACAUUUACCUCCGUGCAAGCUCUACAAAUCCUCCUGGAAAGCCAAGAUAGAGGCAGCAACGUCGUUGUGGUUGCAGCGCAGACAAACCAUGCCGUCGACCAGAUUUUAAUUCAACUGAUCAAGCUGGGAUUCCAUGUUGUGCGACUGGGCGGCCGAACGCAGAACGAAGACAUUAAACGUUAUAGCAUGUACAACCUCCGUCAUCGUGCACACUCGCGGGUAUCGCGUCGAGUAGACAAAGACUACAGAAUAUUCGAUUCCGCACGCCAGAGGAACAUCGAGAAUAUAGAGAAAGUCAUCACAGAUGUCUUCCCAGAACACCUCAUUAAUCCCGAGAACCUAUACACAGCGGGUAUCAUAUCGGAAAGCCAACUGCAGUCCUUACAAACGGAUGGAACGUGGAUUUCUGCGACGGCGUUACCAGACGGUCCCGAGGGUCCGCUGGCGGAAUGGUUAGGCGUGCAACUCAUGGAAGUCAAAGUUCGAGACGAGAAAGACCCCGACUUCGAAGCUGUCGAGAGCGAUGAUAACCUGGAUGCAGAUGAGCAAGACUACGACAUGGAGCUCGACGACUGUAUUAUAGCCGAAGACGAAAACUCGGGUCGCGUAGAGGGCAAAUUCUUGCCAAUCCGACACGCCUGGACCGGCGCAAACCCGCGAAACUACUCUGAAACAGACCUUCAAGUUCGUCGAGAGCUGCAAAAGCCAAAUUUAUGGGAUGUUGAUACCAAGUAUCGUGGCGCCAUAUACCAAUACUGGCAAAAGAAACUUCUAUCGCUCCACGACCAGAGCUUUCGUCGUCUCCUCGAGGAUAAUGCCGGAAUUGCUAAGAAUCUCAAGGCCAACCGCUGGUACAGGGAUACUCAAUGCAUCAGGUCGGCACAGGUUGAGAUUAUCGGAUGCACCACUACGGGACUAUGCAAGUACCGUGGUCUGCUUGCCGCCCUACGACCUCGUACCAUGUUGAUCGAGGAGGCGGCUGAGACAAAAGAGGCGAAUAUCCUCUCCGCGCUCUAUGGUUCGCUUCAACAGCUUAUACUCGUGGGUGACCAUCAGCAGCUAGUUCCACAGUGCAGUACGCCCGGUCUCGCAGAUGCGCCCUACUACAUGCGCGUGUCCAUGUUCGAACGACUCGUCAAGUUAAAUAUGCCCUUCACUAUGUUGAACAUGCAGCGGCGUAUGGCCCCUUUGCUACGUGAAAUUCUUAACCCAUUUUACCCAUCUCUACAAGACCACCCCGUGGUGAGGCAGAAAGACGCCCGGCCCCCAGUUCCCGGCAUGAGCGUCGAUUCCUUCUUUUUCCAUCAUACCUGGGCGGAAGGCAUGGACGAGAAUUGGAGCAGAUACAACGUUCUGGAGGCAGAGAUGGUUGUGCGAUUUAUAGAUUAUCUCAUGAUGAACGGCGUCCCGGCGUCUCAGAUUACCGUCCUGACGUUCUACCGAGGCCAGAAGAAGAAGAUCCUUGCGCAGUUCAAGCACAAGUUGAAGCACUGGGCACCGUUCACCAACGUCUACACGGUUGAUUCUUACCAGGGAGAGGAAAAUGACAUCGUGGUCCUGUCACUGGUGAGAAGUCAUGGCCCUAACGGACCUCACCAAGCUGGUUUCCUCCAAGACGAGAACCGGGGGGUUGUCUCCAUCAGCCGCGCACGCCGUGGCUUUUACAUCUUUGGAAAUAUGAUUAACCUAGCGCAUGCCAGUAAUAAGUCGCGCAGUAUGUGGGGGCGAGUACAGGAGGUGUUUCGACGGCACGGUCAUUUCGGGGGGGAUACACGCCUGCCGGUAACGUGUCAGACCCACGGCAAGACGACUUGGAUGUCGCACCCAGAAGAUUGGGUCAAUUGUCACGGUGGUUGCGACCAGGCAUGCUCUGGUACUCUGACAUGUGGUCACAGAUGCGGACGUCGAUGCCAUUGGAUCCCUCACGAGAAGCUCAUCUGCCAGGAACCAUGCGAGAGACGUCUUUCGUGCAGCCACCAAUGCCAGCGGAUCUGCGGGGAUAAUUGCUUUUGUAAUUGUGCUGGGUUUGCCAGUGUAUGCCGUAGCAGCGAACUGGCGAGCGUAGGGAUCGCGUUCAGUCAAGGGGGGGUCGAGCUAAGGAACGGCCCAUCGCGACUCGCGCCAUUCGUAAGCCAGUCACAACCUCGUAUGGGCAUGAAAGCAGGCGGUGAGAAUGGUCGGCAGAGAGCCGUCCAGGGUGGCCAGAGGGGCCAACGUACUAAUGGUGAUAGGCGUGGACUUGGGUGCAGUGGCAGCGGCGCUGGCCGUCGACAACCUGGCCAGAGUGUCGACAAUGAUCAAAACCACCGCUGGGGUAAUUUUGAUAUAAAAAAUGACGAUGAGCGCGAACGAAAAGAGGUCCAGACGCGAGAGAAAGAGCGGGCUCAAUGCUCGGGCGAACCGAAUCCGGUGACGAUUCGAGACACAUUUCUGCCGGUUACCCUGAAUCAUCGUGGUGAGCGACAAGUUGGGGACCGGGUCAUCCUUGAGAGGGGCAGUACACCAUCGUCAGAAGAGAGUCACGACCUUCUAGACUUUAACGAUACGGUGGAAACCACAACCUUGACCUUGCGUUCGAUCGACUUGAUUGGCGAUCGAGCUGACAGAGAUAUUCUCGUCGACGAAGCUAUCGGUACUAGCGAUGAUGAUGCGGCCGGUCCUCCGGUCGGGCCCAGUGGAAGCCAUGAUGUCCAAGACAGGCGCUCCCCGCGAGCUUACGGCGCGGUUCCAUUGGUCUCGCAACCGUUCCCACGGCCUGUCGAGCAGUCUCCGUCUCAUACUUUGACACCAGACGAUGCCUUUAUGGUAUGUCAAGUGGAUAGGCCGGAAUGGGAAUUAGGAUGUGCUACCGACAUGACCUCGAUCAUAGAAGGAUACGCGGGCGACGAGGAGAAGAAAGAGGAAGAGGAGGAUGGGGAGGGCGAGCAAAGGGCGCCGUACGACGAUAAUGAGAGGGGCGGUAGAAACGACCUCAUCAACUUCUAGGGCGGAGCUCUGGCUUGGGAAGUGCCAUAGAAAAAGGCUGGCCGAUCACCAAACCUUUAGGAGCCUACCUACCAUAAGCGGCUAUGUGGGGUUGGGCAUCUCGAAAACAAGUCGCUUGGAACUGAAGUGAUUUAAUUGCACAAUUUUGCUCGACGAGAACAUGCAAGCCCUCGGCGCUUGCGACUUUGAUGAGUUCUCGUCCGGAUGUACAUAUGCCACGAGGGGCACGAGCACACGUGGAAGUCAUCUAGCAUGUAAAUAGCUGCUAAACCGUGCGCCCGAAGGAUUAAUACAUUGCACACUAACAC